AUGGCCAUCCUGUUUCUGGCCUAUAAACAAGCCUGCCCCAUCUUGUUUGACAAGAUUACCUUGAUUGACAAUGAAGGAAAAUGGCAGACUUUCUGUUCGUCUGAGUGGCCCACAUUCGGCGUAGGUUGGCCGCCAGAGGGAACCUUUGAUCUUACUGUCAUUUUUGCAGUUAAAAAGAUUGUUUUUCAGGAGACCGGAGGACACCCGGACCAGGUUGCCUAUGUCGUGGUAUGGCAAGACCUCGCCCAGAAUCCCCCUCCCUGGGUGCCACCCUCCAGCAAAGUCGCUGUUGUUUCGGGAUCAGAAAAUACUCAAAGGCCACCUACAAGGAAGCCUUCCGCCCCUCCCCAACCCCCCGUCCUCCCGACACCAGACGACUCGCUCCUUCUCUCUGAGCCCCCGCCCUACCCGGCGGCCCUGCCGCCUCCUCUGGCCCCUCAGGCGAUCGGACCGGUGCCGGGCCAGGCGCCCGAUAGUUCCGAUCCUGAGGGACCAGCCGCUAGGACCAGGAGUCGCCGUGCCCGCAGUCCGGCAGACGACUCAGGUCCUGACUCCACUGUGAUUUUACCCCUCCGAGCCAUAGGACCCCCAGCCGAGCCCAACGGCCUAGUUCCUCUACAAUAUUGGCCUUUUUCCUCAGCAGAUCUUUAUAAUUGGAAAUCUAACCAUCCUUCUUUUUCUGAAAAACCAGCAGGACUCACGGGACUUCUUGAGUCCCUUAUGUUCUCUCACCAGCCCACUUGGGACGAUUGCCAACAGCUACUCCAGAUCCUCUUCACCACUGAAGAGCGAGAAAGGAUUCUUCUGGAGGCCCGCAAGAACGUUCUCGGGGACAACGGGGCCCCUACACAACUCGAGAACCUCAUUAAUGAGGCCUUCCCCCUCAAUCGACCUCAAUGGGAUUACAACACAGCCGAAGGUAGGGAGCGUCUUCUGGUCUACCGCCGGACUCUAGUGGCAGGUCUCAAAGGGGCAGCCCGGCGCCCCACCAAUUUGGCUAAGGUAAGAGAGGUCUUGCAGGGACCGGUAGAACCCCCCUCGGUUUUCUUGGAACGCCUGAUGGAGGCAUAUAGGAGAUACACUCCGUUUGACCCCUCUUCUGAGGGACAGCAGGCGGCAGUUGCCAUGGCCUUUAUCGGCCAGUCAGCCCCAGAUAUCAAGAAAAAGUUACAAAGACUAGAGGGGCUCCAAGACUUUUCCUUACAAGACUUAGUAAAGGAGGCAGAAAAGGUGUACCACAAGAGAGAAACAGAA